CGCUUUGAACUUCGCCGCUCUUUGGCUGCGGAUCACGAGGUUUGCUCUUCAUUUUCCGUCCAGGUGCUCUCUGUGACUGGACACCUCCAAGGGGAGGAAGAGAGAGAGAGAGAGAUAAAGCAAGUGUGAGAGACCCAAAGAAAAACAAAUCAAUGUAACAAUAGCAGCCUGCGAAACCAAUUAGCGGAGCAACUUAAACUGAAGAACUCCGAUCUUUGCAAUCUCCAGGCGAGUUGAUUCAGUUUUGUUUUAAAACAAGGAGCGUCUCCGGCUACACAGGGGAAGCUGUUUUUCGGCUGAAAGCUGCAAUGAUUUGUUGAGGGAGAUUUUUUUUCUUGUCGCUCGCUGGUGUCAGUGACAGGUGAGCUGUUUUCACUCCGGCUGCUCACUUCCCCAAAGUCAAUCGUUUGCCCCCCUUCGCCCUCCCCAACACCAGCAUGUCCAAGCCCGCAGACCACAUCAAGAGACCGAUGAACGCUUUCAUGGUCUGGUCCAGAGGCCAGAGGAGGAAGAUGGCCCAAGACAAUCCCAAAAUGCACAACUCCGAGAUCAGUAAGAGGCUGGGGGCUGAAUGGAAGUUGCUGUCGGAGGCUGAGAAAAGACCUUACAUCGACGAAGCCAAGAGGCUAAGAGCGCAACACAUGAAAGAGCACCCAGAUUACAAGUACCGACCCCGGCGCAAGCCCAAGAACCUCCUGAAGAAAGACAGGUAUGUCUUUCCUUUGCCCUACCUGGGGGACAGUGAUCACUUGAAGGCUGCCGGGCUCUCCAUGUCUGCCGCCGACUCGCUGCUGGGCGCCUCGGAGAAAGCCAGAACUUUCCUCCCGCCGACGUCGGCCCCUUACUCCCUGCUCGACCCCAGCCAGUUCGGCUCCAGCGCCAUUCAGAAGAUGACCGAGGUGCCCCACACCCUGGCCACCACUUUGCCCUACGCGUCCACCCUGGGAUACCAAAGCGGAGCGUUCGGGAGCUUGAGUUGCCCUAGCCAGCACACGCACACCCACCCAUCGCCCACCAACCCUGGCUAUGUGGUCCCCUGUAACUGUACCGCCUGGUCCGCCUCCAGUUUACAGCCCCCCGUGGCUUACAUACUCUUCCCGGGAAUGACCAAAGGAGGCAUAGACCCUUACACCUCGGCGCACGCAGCCGCCAUGUAAGGGUCAACCGUAGCGGCAUCAAGUGAAAAGAGACUUUAUCUUGUGAACUUCAAUUCGAACAUUGCAUGUACAACACAAACCGGACAAAUUAAAGACUGACAUCUGAAACGCUGAGGCUCGAGGGGGGGAGGGGGGAACACCGCCGGAACAGAAUGGACCAAAAUGGGACUGAACUUUGGAGGAAAAUCUCCUGUCUCCGGCACAAGGCAACUUGCAAUGUAAACAACAUUGAAACAAAAAGGGGGACAAAGAAAAAGGAGAGAGAGAAAAAAAAAAUCUUAAUUAAAAAGACUGCCUCUGGUUUUCAAUCUUACAUUGCAUGUAGAGUAAAAGGCUCCAAAAAUCGGAACUUUGUCCUCGCCUGGCGAAGGACUCUAAAAGGGAACUUUAUGGCGGAUUCUGAAUCCUGACUGUAACAUGAGUGCUACUGAAGGCGGAUGAGUGACUGUAAUAUUGUAGAUGUUUUGUUUGAAAAGCUGUCACUUUUUUAAAAAAGUAGCAGUUUCGGUUUUAUUUAUUAUCAUGUAUAGUGGUGUAUAAUACCACGUGCUCUUUCUUUUUGUUUUGAAACAAAAUUCUUUCAAGUCCUCGAGUUUCCUUUGCACAUCAGAAGCGAGACUUAUAUCAAAACGUUGCCACCAAUCAGUAAUAACUAGACCAUCUGCCAAUUUCCAUAGGAAUUGAGAGAUAACGUUUAACAUUAACUGGGGGCUAAAUGAGGACAGGAGAGUCUGUCUUACAUUAAAGAUAGUUCUCACUCUGGAACUGGCCCCUCGAUUUUUUUUCUCCCCCAUUUCCAACCGAACUUCAGACGUGAAGUGACCAACGCUGGUUAUUUUUUUAAGAAAAAUUACAAUUUAAAUAUGUUUGAAAGAAAAGUAUGUCUCCAAAACAAGUUGUAUCCAGAAGGAUUUUACCUCGUACUCUGUUCAAUUGUUGAACAAAGGUAAUGUUUUAAAUAAAGACACGGUGUCUACACAAAAAAAAUAUAUGCGGAAUAUGGUAUGUUUAUUGGACACUGGAAUGGAAAUGUGCUUGAACUCACAAUUAACAUGUCCCAGUAUAAUCCCGUAAACGCCUGAGUGGAGUCUCAGUGGAAUUAGAAUUAGCAAAUAAUUUCAUAUUAACCCGUCAUCAAGUGCAACAUUUAA